AUGGAUGCUCCCUAUCUGCGGGAUAAUGGACUGGAAGAGUGUAGACCGAACACCCAGACCAGAUAUUAUCGCAGGCCAAGAAUAGCAGCCUCACUAAACACAAGCAGCCACGGCAACUUGAUAGACAAAGAGAGCAUGAUCUCUCUUUUGUUAUUCAGAGGCAGAGGCAGGGUUGAAACCAUACAAGAAAUGAUUGUACAGAAAGCCCCACCUCAGUAUUCCAACUGCUACAAGUACAGGUUAUCUUUGUAUGUGAGGGGCUGCCACCACACACCCACCGCCCCACCAACCAUCCACACCCGCCACGCACCCCACCCACGCCCCGCCCCCACACCCACUCCCCCGCCCCCCCACCGCACCCCCCCAAGGCCCCCACCGCCCUCCCCCCCCCCGUACACCCACCCCCCACGCCGCGACACCCACACCCCGCAACCACCCACUCCCCACCCCACGCACACCGCCCACCGCACACCGGCAAUGGCCCACGCCACCCCCCACCCACACCUACACCACCCCCCACACACGCCCCCCACCACCCCACCACCAAUUUGCCCGCCAUGCCCCCCCCCCACCGCCACCCCCCCCCCAACCACACCACCCCACCAGCGCACCACGCUGGCUGGCCCCCACCGGCAGCACCCCACAACCCCGCCCCACCGGACACCCCCACCACGACAACCACCGCACACCGGCAAUUACGCCCCACCGCACCCCACCAAACCACCCACACUGACCCACCCCCCCCGGGGGCCACACCCCAACCCCCCCAACAUGCCCCCCCACCCCACCCCCUUCCCACCCACCCCUCCACCCGCCACCCACCAACACCCCCACGAUCGGCCACCAUCCCCCACCACCCCCCCGCACCCUACCCGCACCGGCCCCCACAACCCCCACCCACUUAACACCAACCACCACGCACAACACCCGCACACCACCAGCCCAACCAGCAACCCCACACACACCCACCCCCCCUGCCCGCCACCCAAACCCCCCCGAACCCCACCCACCGGCAAUCCUCCCGCCCCCCCACCCCACCAACCCCCAACCCCCCCGACACCACACCCUGCAACCAACCACCCACCCCCCCCAACCCAGCCCACACAGCCCCCGCCCACAAUGCCCCCAGCCCAUACCCACCACCGCCGCCCGACACACCCGCCAGGCACCACACAUCUCCCACCCACAACGCACCCCCCCACCCCCCACCCCACACCGCACCGCCCCCCCCCACCCAACCACAGCCCCAAACCCCCACCACUCACACACCCACACCCAGCACCCACCCCCUACCCCACCGCAACCCCCCCCACCGCCCCCACCGCCGCCCACCCACCGCCUGCCACCCCCACGCCCCCGCCCCCUCAUCACCACCCGCCACCACCCCACACCCACACGCCAACCACCCCAACCCUCCCCCGACCGUGCACCACGCCAACCGCACAAGACCACCCCCACCACGCACCCCCCUUUGCCCCACCGCUCCACCCCUCCCACCCCCCACCACACCCCGCCACCCCCCGCCUCCCCCCCCCACCACACCCGCCCACCCACCUUCUCCGGCACCAACCGCCGCCCGCCCACCACCACCCCCUCCCCCACCCCCCACCACACCUCCCCCACCCCCCCCACGACAAAACCACGUCCCCACACCACCCAAGCUGCCACCAUGCCAACCGGCCCCUGCCACCCACCCCAACCACACCGCCAACCCCAGCCACCCACCCGCCCACCCCCCCCACCCCCCCCUACCCACCCUCCACACCAACCUCGCCACCCACAACCCCAACCCUCACACCCCCCCUACACCGGAAUUACGUUGAACCCUAG